AAUGUCAUUGUGACAGAAAGCAGUGUCAGUCCGGUCAUUUUAAAAAAUAACUUACAGAAGUUUAUUUCUUGUAAAGUUAUAAUUUCGGUGAAUAUAAUUACUAGAAUUCGCAAAGUCUUGUCUAAGUACCUUUCAAUAAUUAAUUUAAAAUUCCAGUUUUAAAACUAUAAACUCUGUGAUUGUGAAACUUCAUAGAUGGCGUAAAGUUUCCAGCCUGAAUUGUGUUAUUGAUUUUGUAUAUAAACACAAUUUACUAAAUUAGAUUUACAAAUCAAGCAUUGUUUGUGCGUAAAUAAAGGACCUGGAUGAAAUAAGCAUUUUAUUUGCUAAGGUAACUCAUUAAUUUACCUAAACGAUGUCGGAAGAACUAAGAAAACGUAACAUUGGAGGCGAAGAUGCUGCUGAAUCAAAAUUGGUUCGAGCAGAAUCGAAUAGCAGUACCGAGAAUCUUAUGGCGAAUUUAAGAGAUAGUGAAAUUGACAGCGAGGACGACAAAAAUGGCCGCAAGGCAAGCAUUGACCUAUCUGGAAACAUACCCACGGGCACUGACAAAGCGCCGUUUCUGUUAGAGAUGCUGGUACAAGAUUUACCAGAUAAAUGGCGCAAUUGGGUAGUGAGGGGCGUUUUUAGUUUCUUGAUGCUCACGUUCUUCUUCGUUGUUAUAUACGGAGGACCUUUAGCUUUGAUGAUCACGACUUUGGUGGUGCAAGUUAAAUGCUUUCAAGAAAUCAUCAAUAUCGGCUACACGGUGUAUCGCAUCCACGGUCUUCCAUGGUUCAGAUCCUUGUCAUGGUAUUUUCUGAUCACUUCCAAUUAUUUCUUUUACGGAGAAAGCUUAGUAGAGUAUUUUGGAGUAGUGAUUAACCGAACGGAUUUCCUGCGAGGGAUAGUGACCUACCACCGCUUCAUCUCGUUCUGCCUCUACUGCGGUGGAUUCGUACUCUUCGUUCUAAGCCUCGUCAAAAAAUACUACAUGAAGCAAUUCUCUCUCUUCGCUUGGACACACGUAGCUCUCUUGAUCGUUGUGACGCAGUCAUAUUUGAUCAUUCAGAAUAUCUUCGAAGGUUUGAUAUGGUUCAUAGUGCCGGUUUCUAUGAUCAUCUGCAACGAUAUAAUGGCUUACGUCUUUGGAUUUUUCUUCGGAAAGACGCCGCUGAUAAAGUUGUCGCCUAAGAAGACUUGGGAAGGGUUCAUCGGGGGUGGAAUCUCGACCGUUGCUUUUGGCGUAAUGAUUUCGUACGUGAUGUGUCAGUAUCCAUAUUUCGUUUGUCCGAUCGAGUACAGUGAAUCAUUGGGAAGCAUGACCAUGGAAUGCGAACCUAGCAGUCUGUUUAGACCUACCAACUACAAAUUGCCUGACUUCUUGACAGCGUUUGGUUUAUGGGAUAGCGUAUCGUUGUAUCCAUUUAUGCUUCAUUCCUUGUCGCUAUCUGUAUUCAGUAGUGUAAUAGGACCGUUUGGAGGAUUCUUCGCAUCUGGAUUUAAAAGAGCAUUUAAGAUUAAGGAUUUCGGUGAUGUCAUACCUGGUCAUGGCGGUAUAAUGGACCGAUUCGAUUGUCAGUUCCUGAUGGCUACAUUCGUGAACGUCUACAUCAGCAGUUUCAUCCAAAGAGACAGUCCACAGAAAUUGCUCACGCAGGUGUUGUACCUGAAGCCGGAACAGCAGCUCCAACUCUUCCACAUGCUGAAGGAAAGUCUAGAGUCGCGAAAUAUUUUAGUACAGAAUCUUUGAAUUAGUGAUGUUUUCCCUGACGAUUAAAUCGAGUUAACUAAAAGCGGUUUAGAUCGAAUAUCUGGACUGAUUUUAGAUAUGCGAGGUUUAAAUGUGGGAGAAUCUAAUUUUAUUAAAUUUUAAAUAUGUAUUUAUUUAUUUGUGCCAUUUCAUAUGUUAGUUUAUGAAUUUGAACUUCUACAUUAUUUAUUUUUUGUUGG